AUGGAGAGGAAACUCAGAGCGGUUGUGCUGCUGGAGAUACAUUUGCUCUUCGUGUUCUUCGUGCACGGACAGUCUAGUGCAGAUAACGAGAAUGUGAUUGAUCUUGUGGAAGGACUAAACCUACCUCACCGAAAAAGUGCGAGCAGCGGCAUGAUCUACAAACUACGUAACAGAGCACCCCACCUGACACUUCCCGCUGAAUAUUCUCACUUCCUGUACUCCAACCUUCAGGGUAGCAUGGGUGUUCAUGUGGUGGGGCGCCAGGCGCCUCGAUCCACUGCCACCAUCUUUUCUCUUUCGUCUGCAUCUUCGCCUAUUCUCCAGAUCAUCUCCUCCACUGUCAAUAACACCCUGCGUGUGGACUACCAGGUUGAAGGAAGAGCGCACGACUUUGCCAGCAUUAACCUUCUGGACACAAACCCUUUUGCAAGUGAAAAGUGGGGUCAUCUGGCUGUGAGCCUGGAGCCUGACAGACUGGCAUUUUUUGUGGACUGUCAAGAAGCUGCAGUUUUUCCAAUAGAAAAUGAGAACAGGAUCAACCUAGAACUGCCUCAAGAUGUUCUCAUCACUCUUGGGAGCACAUUAGGAAAGAGACGCAGUAAAUUUAGUGGAUAUUUGAAAGCAGCAGAAAUUUCACUGAAAGCAUAUCCAAGGCGCCCAUGGAGCUGCAAUCUUACAGAUGCACAUGACCCAGAUUCCCAGACUGACUCCAGCAAACCUCACAAUGAUUUACCCAGUAAACUUCAAACAAACCACAGAUCACAGGACCAGACCAGCUAUCAUCCUCAGGAGAUCCAGAGUGAUCAGAUGCAGGGAGCUGAGCCUCCUCGAGGUGAUAAUUCUGCUUCUCAGGAACAGAAAGAUGAGAGACUGAGGACGCUGGAGAGACGGAUGGCAGAGCUGACUCGUGAGUUGGACAUCGUAAGAGAGCAGAACAACAACCUACAAAAUCGUGUAAAAUUCCUGGAGUUAUGUCUGAAGGACCAUUGCAGAGAAGGGGUCCAGUCAGAUUGUCCUUUUCACAAUGGGUCCCGCUGUACUGAAGAUCGCUGUCAGACAAGAGCAUGUAAUGAGAGAAUGUACCUGACUGUCAGAGAAGAACAUGUAAUGAGGAUAACAGGCAGUGCCCUCAACAGCCAUGCCCUCCUCAAAGCUGCCCACAGGAAAAUGUACCUGACUGUCAGACACGAACGUGUGAUGAGGAUAACAGGCAGUGUCCUCAACAGCGAUGCCCUAAUCAAGACUGCAGAGAGGAGAAUGUACCUGAUUGUCAGACAAGAACGUGUAAUGAGGAUAACAGGCAGUGCCCUCAACAGCCAUGCCCUCCUCAAAACUGCCCACAGGAAAAUGUACCUGACUGUCAGACACGAACGUGUGAUGAUAACAGGCAGUGCCCUCAACAGCCAUGCCCUAAUCAAGACUGCAGAGAGGAGAAUGAGGACAACAGUCAGUGCCCUCAACAGCCAUGCCCUCCUCAAAACUGCGCACAGGAAAAUGUACCUGGCUGAGGAUAACAGGGAGUGCCCCCCUCAAGACUGCCCACAGGGGAAUGUACCUGGAGGCUGUGCCCAGCAAAUCACAGGUUGCACCCAUUCUGGUGUAAAUUAUAACAAUGGAGACUCUUGGAGGUCGGUGGAGAGUCCUUGUGAUAUCUGCCAGUGUUUGGAUGGUUAUGUUCGCUGUGAGAGGGAGCAGUGUUACACUCCCUGUAGAAACCCUACUGCUCCUCCUCCAAAUACCUGCUGUCCAGUCUGUGAAGGCUGUGAUGUGAAUGGACAUGAAGUCCCUAAUGGAGCUGUGAUCCCUGUUGGAGACCCCUGUGAAGCGUGUAGAUGUGAGAAUGGAAAUAUGGUGUGUUCACGCGUUCGCUGUUCUGCCCCGUCUUGUCACAAUCCAGUGUAUCAUGCUGGGGAGUGUUGUCCACGAUGCGAGCAGUGUGAAUAUGAGUCCGAAGUGCAUGUGAAUGGAGAGAGGUUCACCUCAAAGAGAGACCCCUGCCUCCAGUGCUACUGUUCUGCAGGUCAAGUGUCAUGUGAACACAUGGCUGCAUUAUGUCCUACACCACAGUGUACUCAUCCAGCUAGGCACAGAGGAGAGUGUUGUGCCACAUGCAAUGAGUGUGAGUAUGAGCAGAGGGUGUAUGCUGAUGGGGAAAUGUUCAGCCCUUCUGGGGGUGGACCCUGCCUGCAGUGCAGGUGUAAGAGUGGAAAUGUAAUUUGCAACGAAGAAAAGUGCCCUCCUGUCCGCUGCUCCAAUCCGAUUAGACACCCACAUCUUUGUUGUCCAGUCUGCAAAACAUGUGAACUGGAUGGAGUGGAAUAUGAUGAGGGGUCCAACUGGCAGCCUGAGGGUCCUUGUUCCAGCUGUACCUGUGCGAAUGGAGAGGCCUUAUGCACACGCACACAGUGUGCUGCCAACAACUGUCUGCAUCCCACCAGGAUUACUGGCUCCUGUUGUUCAGUCUGUGACAGCUGCACUUAUAACCAACGUGUCUAUAGCAGUGGUCAGAGUUUCGCGACCCCUGACCAACCUUGCCACACCUGCACUUGUCUGCAUGGCACUGUUCAGUGUGAGAGACAAUCUUGUCCUCAGCUUAACUGCAGGGACUCCUACACCCCAACUGGAGAGUGCUGCCCCAGAUGUCGAGACUGCUCCUAUGAAAACCGUGUGUUUUUGAAUGGAGAUGUUUUUCCCAACCCCGUGAGUGUGUGUGAGGAGUGCACAUGUGUGAGUGGAAGGAUUGACUGCCAUCAAGCACAAUGUUCUGAGCCUCGCUGUAAUGCACCGAUGCCUGGGCAGUGCUGCCAGAACAACUGCAAUGGCUGCAGCUAUGCAGGGAAAGAAUAUUCCAAUGGACAACAAUUUCCCCAUCCUACUGACUCAUGCAGGACAUGCAGCUGCACUAAUGGAAAUGUCCAGUGUCUGAUGAAGAGGUGUCCACCACUGACCUGCUCUAACCCUUAUGCGAUACAAGGAGAGUGCUGUCCCCAGUGUCCUGCUCCUCCGUCAGACUGUGUGUAUGAACAAAGCUCCUACAGUCACUUGGAGCAUUUCAGCGACCCCAAUAACGACUGUCGAUCAUGUGCCUGCACCAACGGGACAGUUCGCUGUAAGCGAAAGCGCUGCCCGUUCGCUCACUGUUCUCACCCCAUCAAACAAGACUGCUGUCGGAGCUGCGAAGGCUGCUUAUAUGAAGAUCAGCAGCGAGUUAAUGGGGAGAUGUGGGAUAACCCAUCAGAGCCAUGUGUUGAGUGUGCUUGUCGUGACGGCUCUGUCCAGUGUCAGAGGAAACGCUGUCCUCCCUCCAACUGUAAACACCCAGUCCAGAGAGAUUGCUGCAUGUCCUGUGAUGGCUGCAUGUAUAAUGGUAGAGAAUAUCUUGACGGCACUGAGUUCCAUGAUGGCAGCGACCCCUGUGUUGUCUGUCACUGUUACGGAGGAGAUGUUGCGUGCUCCAGGAUACCCUGUGAUGAAAAGUGCAGUCACCCUUACAAACCACCAAGACAAUGCUGUGGAGAAUGUGACCGCUGUUCCUAUAAUGGCGCAGUCCUCCUCAAUGGACAGUCCAUUCCUGACCCAGGAAACCCUUGCUAUGAAUGUAUUUGCCAGAGAGGCUCGGUGCAAUGUAGGAGGAAGCAGUGUCCUGAAGCCCUUUGUCCUAAUCCAGUCGCUGAUGCUUGUGGUUGCCCCGUCUGUGGAGGUUGUCGUUUUGAAGGUCUGACUUAUGCUGAUGGACAGAUACUCCCUGAACAAGAGAAAGCGUGCGAGGACUGCAGAUGUUCAAGAGGUGAGGUAGUGUGUGAGCAAAGAAAAUGCCCUGCUGUGUCAUGCCCACAUCCAACUCUCAACAGCUGUGCAUGUGAAGUGUGUGAUGGAUGUAACUUCUAUGGACGCGACUGUUUGAGUGGGGAGCAGUUUGCACACCCUACAGACAGCUGUCAGCGCUGCUCCUGUCAGAAUGGUGGUGUGGUAUGUGAGCAGGAAUCUUGUCCAAGCAUUACCUGUGGCAAUCCAGUGACGCGUCCUGGGGAAUGCUGCCCCGUCUGUGACUGCUGUCUCUAUGAGGAUGCUGUUUAUUCUAACGGUGAAAGCUUCAGGCCCCCAUCAAACCAAUGCCAGAGCUGCACCUGUGUCGCGGGCACUGUUGAAUGUGUGUCCGACGGCUGCCAACAAGCACCCUGCGCUCAACACGUUUCCAUGUCAGAGCCGUGCUCAGUGUGUAUGCUGAAUGGACAGGAGUUCAGUGAUGGGCAGACGUGGACACUGAGUUCAAACCACUGCUCCACCUGCAUCUGUAAGGCAGGUGAGGUGCAUUGUGCAGUUCCUGAGUGUCCUAAGCUUGCUUGUGUGCAUCAGGUGACUGAUCCAGGAGCCUGCUGUCCUCGUUGUAGAGGUUGUGUUUAUGCGGGAGAGGAGCAUACAGAGGGCAGCAGCUGGUUUGCAGACUCAACUCCAUGUAUGACAUGUAUGUGCGUGGAUGGUGUGACCACCUGCUCUGAAGUACACUGUCUGUCUCCAUGUGUUAACUUCAUCAGUGUGCCUGGGGAGUGCUGCCCAAUGUGUGCUGACUGUGUAUUUGAGGGCAAAGUAUAUGGACCAGGGGACAGUUUCCAUCCAGCCAAUGACCCCUGUCAGAUCUGCACAUGUGAGGUGAUGCCGGAUGGAGAACAGCACCUGAAGUGUUACCGAAAGCAGUGUCCCAGUCUGGUUGACUGUCCUAAGAGCAACAUCUUGUUCUCUGGACUGGACUCUUGCUGUCCUGUCUGUGCACAGCCUCUCAGUAAUUGUACCACUGCACUGAUUGGUAAUGAGGUGUUGGCAACAGAUGACCCCUGUUUUACCUGCCAGUGUAAGGACCUGACAUGGACUUGCUUACACAAAGUCUGCCCACUACUCACCUGUCCUCUAAAUGAGCAGUUCACCCCUCCAGACUCAUGCUGCCCAGUGUGUAAAGAUUGUGUAAUUGAGGAUCAGAACAGGCGUGUUCUGAAUGGCACCAGCUGGAAAGACAGCAAAGAUGACUGUGUCACAUGCACCUGUUUUUUGGGCUACAUUGAGUGCAGCAUUGAAGAGUGUUUACCUGCCAUUUGUCUGGAAGGACAAAAGCAAGUGAAACUUCCUGGGAGAUGCUGCUAUGAAUGUCAAGACUCGGAGGUGUCGUGUUUGUACCAGGGGACAGUGUUUCACUCCAAUGAACACUGGGAGGUGGAUGAAUGCACCAGCUGUACGUGUUUGUCUGGAGACGUACACUGUCGCAGUGAACGCUGCCCUCCCCUCACCUGUGCAAAUGAUGAGAUGCCUGCAGUUAUCCCAGGUUUGUGUUGUCCUCAUUGCCUUCCUCGUCCAGCUACUUGCAGUGCCUUUGGCGACCCUCAUUACCGGACCUUCGAUGGCCGCAUGCUGCACUUCCAGGGAACGUGCACAUAUGUCCUGACACAGGAUUGUGAGAGUGGAGAUUUCAGUGUUCAUGCUACAAAUGAUGAUCGUGGACGUAAAGGAGUGUCCUGGACUAAAGAGGUUACUGUGUUUCUGGGUGACGUCACAGUGCAGCUACUGCAGGACUGGAUUGUGAAGGUGAAUGAUGAGGCUGUAACUUUGCCAUUUCUCAGGGAACCAUACAUCUAUAUUGAACGGCAAACCAACACAAUUUUACUCAACACUAACAUUGGUCUGAAGGUGCUGUGGAGUCCUCGUUCACAUGUAGAAGUAAGUGUGCCAGGCUCCUAUAAGGGCCACACCUGUGGUCUUUGUGGAAACUUCAACAACUACUACCAGGAUGACCUCCGGAUGCCAAAUGGACAAAUCACCCUAUCUGAGUCUGAAUUUGGAAACAGCUGGAGGGUCACAAAUGGUACCCAUUUCCGCUCCUCCUGUCGUCCUGGCGAGAAUGUUGACCCUUGUAAGGAUGCAGGCUACCAGGCCAAGAAGGGGGCCAACACUCGCUGUAAAAUCCUGAAGUCUGCCAUCUUUAAGCCCUGUCAUCCCGUGGUGCCUCCUGAACAGUGGUACGGAGCUUGUGUUUACGACCUCUGUGCUUGCGGUGCCAAUACUGAUGACUGUCUUUGUGACACGUUGGAGGCCUACGCGAGCCAGUGCAGAGCAGCAGGAGUCAUCGUGCAGUGGAGGAGCGCGUCUCUGUGUGCUGUGGGCUGCCCGGUGGAGAGGGGCUUUGUUUUUGAUGAGUGCGGUCCCCCUUGUCCUGUAACCUGCUUUAAUGUCAAUGUACCUCUGGGAGUGAUAGAAAGCCACUGUUUCAAGCCCUGUGUUCCAGGAUGUCAGUGUCCUGCUGGUCUGGUCCUACACAACAACUACUGCAUACCACGAGAAAAGUGUCCAAAGAUCAUUCAUGGCAGCUCCUCAAAUGCCACAGUUACUGAAUAAGUGGACACUCACUUAUAAUUUCACACACAUGCACUGUCACUGCAUCAGCCCCAUGUUACUGUAUACAAUGGAAACAUUUCCAGAUGAACCUCCAUGACCUGUGGACUCCACAUACUGUAUUUGUUGGUUUUUAUAAAUAUUGUAACACUGAAUAUUUAUACUACUUAAAGAUUUGUCAUUUAAUUCCAUACCUAGUUUGUUUCAAACAUUUAUAUAAAUAUUGGUCUUUAUAUUACUUAAACAGUAUUA